GUCAAGGACAAAUAAUAAACAUGGCCGCUCCCACAAAUAAAGAUUGUGAAAUUUGUUUUCGUGUCUUCAAUUUACGAUACCUGAAUGAUUAGACCUCAAUAUUCAAUUUCAAAACUAAUACACACAAUAGUUUAUUUUAAAUGAACCUGAAAUCUUAAAAUACAAGAUGUCUAGAGCUCCAAACGACUCUAAUUUGACGACUUAUAAACUGGUGGUGGUUGGGGAUGGAGGUGUGGGGAAAAGUGCCCUUACGAUUCAGUUCUUUCAGAAGAUGUUUGUGGAGGAUUACGACCCCACCAUCGAAGAUUCAUACAUCCAACACACAGACAUAGAUGGGGAGUGGUGUAUUUUGGACGUGUUGGACACAGCUGGUCAAGAGGAAUUCUCUGCAAUGCGAGAGCAAUACAUGCGUAAAGGAGACGGCUUCAUGCUUGUGUACUCGGUUACAGACCCCUCCAGUUAUGAAAACAUAGCUAAUUUCCAUGGACAAAUUCUCAGGGUUAAGGACAAAGACCAGUACCCUAUGUUACUGGUGGCUAACAAGGUAGAUCUUGUACGACAAAGGAAAGUGUCAGAGGUGCAGGGCAGGUCACUUGCUGCUCAUUUACGGGUGCCAUAUCUGGAGACAAGUGCAAAGGACCCGCCUGUCAAUGUGGAUCUGGCAUUCCACGAUGUCGUCAGGGUCAUCAGACAACAGCCCAAGGAAUUUAAGAAGCAACUCAAGACCCACAAGGGCAAGAGAAGAGUGCGGUGUAACCUACUGUGAUAAUACAACUCAAUACCUACGUGUCCUUAUGUAUAGUGCAGAGAUUUCAGAUAUGAUACAGAACUUGAUUGGAACUAGCCUUACUUGUAUUUACUUGAUGAAGACGGCAAUACAUCUGUCCUGGGAACAGUGAUGUCUGCAUUUCUGGAUUAUUCCAUCAUGGAAAUUUCUGCUGUGCAGGAGUUUUUCUGAAUUUCCAGGUCAUCACAACAUCACAAGAGAACAAACACAGAUUCAAUUUUAGGCCAUGCAGAAGUGUUUUUUUUUUCUGCAAUUUGUAUGAAAUAAUUUGUUUGUAUUUGACUCGGAAAAUAUUUCUUCUUGUUCAAAAUGAAAAUAUUGUCAGGUUAUUUGUCGUAAAUUAGCUACAUUCAUGCAGCGGUUAAAAUAAGAAUUCGCCUGCCAGUCUUGCUCUUGUAUAAUGUUUGACGGACUUGUUUAAAUUUCAAUUAAAAAUCAAUGUGAGUAAGUGAGACUAUGUUAUCAACAACCUUUCACAAGAUGUCAUAGAUCAAGAAAUUUCCAUUGAAUAUUAUGUGAGUGUUACAAUUUGAAUGGAAAGAUUUAAUUGCAAAAUCAAAUGAUCUUUGCCUAAGCUGUCUUAUAAAUGUCUUAGUUUAAAAAUAGAUACUGUAUAUACUCUAAAAUAUCUCUUGUAAAAAGUGAUCAUACCAUACGUGGUGCGUUGUUAGGUUUGCCUCUACAGCCUCAUCAUUGAGGUUUUAUAGUUUUAAGAUUACAUACAGUAAAACAAACUAUUGAUGAUACAUUUUAUACCGGUUCUUUUGCACUCUUUAAUGCACACAACUAUAUUUUAUCAUUUUUAGCUAGUCUGUUUAUUGAGAUCAUUAUCAUAGCCUUGGUGUCAUUGUCGUUGUUGUUAAAAAAACAUAAACCUUUGCCAUACCUUAAAAACCUUUCAAGAUAUUUCGAUGAAACCAGGGACACAUGUUGCCAGAGAUCGAUGCGUAAAUGAACAGCACAGUCCAUAACUUUGGCUUUUAUAAUUGUCAAGUUAUGCCCUUGAGACCCAACACUUGGCCAUUACUUGAUAAACGUUCAAAAUAUUUACAUGAAAUUUUGUACACAUAUUAAUAGGUACAUAAUGCACAUGUGUAGAAGGCCAUUGAUCAGAUAUUGCCAAGUAAUGCUCCUUUUAAGUUUGAAAAGUCUCGCAAAAGCUUUAAUGUUGCAAUAAAUUAACAACCAUUUAAGAUAUUCCCAUGAAAUAUUGUAUACAAAUGACCAGUGAGAAUGUACACAUGUGUUGCAAGGCUCAUAACUCUUGCUAUUACCAGUGAGAAUGUGCACGUGUGUUGAAAGGCCCAUAACUCUUGCUAUUACCAGUGAGAAUGUGCACGUGUGUUGCAAGGCCCAUAACUCUUGCUAUUACCAGUGAGAAUGUGCACGUGUGUUGAAAGGCCCAUAACUCUUGCUACUACCAGCGAGAAUGUGCACAUGUGAUGCAAGGCCCUUAACUCUUGCUAUUACCAGUGAGAAUGUGCACGUGUGUUGAAAGGCCCAUAACUCUUGCUAUUACCAGUGAGAAUGUGCACAUGUGAUGCAAGGCCCUUAACUCUUGCUAUUACCAGUGAGAAUGUGCACGUGUGUUGAAAGGCCCUUAACUCUUGCUAUUACCAGUGAGAAUGUGCACGUGUGUUGCAAGGCCCAUAACUCUUGCUAUUACCAGUGAGAAUGUGCACGUGUGUUGCAAGGCCCAUAACUCUUGCUAUUACCAGUGAGAAUGUGCACGUGUGUUGCAAGGCCCAUAACUCUUGCUACUACCAGCGAGAAUGUGCACGUGUGUUGCAAGGCCCAUAACUUUUGCUACUACCAGCGAGAAUGUGCACGUGUGUUGCAAGGCCCAUAACUCUUGCUAUUACCAGCGAGAAUAUGCACGUGUGUUGCAAGGCCCAUAACUCUUGCUACUACCAGCGAGAAUGUGCACGUGUGUUGCAAGGCCCAUAACUCUUGCUAUUACCAGUGAGAAUGUGCACGUGUGUUGAAAGGCCCAUAACUCUUGCUAUUACCAGUGAGAAUGUGCACGUGUGUUGAAAGGCCCAUAACUCUUGCUAUUACCAGUGAGAAUGUGCACGUGUGUUGCAAGGCCCAUAACUCUUGCUAUUACCAGUGAGAAUGUGCACGUGUGAAUGUGCACGUGUGUUGAAAGGCCCAUAACUCUUGCUAUAACCAGUGAGAAUGUGCACGUGUGUUGAAAGGCCCAUAACUCUUGCUAUAACCAGUGAGAAUGUGCACGUGUGUUGAAAGGCCCAUAACUCUUGCUAUUACCAGUGAGAAUGUGCACGUGUGUUGAAAUGCCCAUAACUCUUGCUAUUACCAGUGAGAAUGUGCACAUGUGUUGCAAGGCCCAUAACUCUUGCUAUUACCAGUGAGAAUGUGCACAUGUGUUGCAAGGCCCAUAACUCUUGCUAUUACCAGUGAGAAUGUGCACAUGUGUUGAAUUGCCCAUAACUCUUGCUAUUACCAGUGAGAAUGUGCACGUAUGUUGCAAGGCCCAUAACUCUUGCUAUUACCAGUGAGAAUGUGCACGUGUGUUGCAAGGCCCAUAACUCUUGCUAUUACCAGGGAGAAUGUGCACAUGUGUUGAAAGGCCCAUAACUCUUGCUAUAACCAGUGAUAAUGUGCACAUGUGUUGCAAGGCCCAUAACUCUUGCUUCAGUUAGUGUUGAAUUAUACCCCUUAUUGACUAAGAAGAACAGACAAUUGUUUGCUAAGCUCUAUGGCGCUCUCCUUUGUUCUAAUAUUUGUUUCAUAUUUUAUUUCUGUUAUAAAGUUGAAAGUUAAAUUUCAGGCUAUGUGAGUUUUACCUCAGUUUUAUUUGUAUUUUAAACUAUAAAGCAUAUACCCCUUAAACCAUUUUAUGUACCUAAUGCAAUCAUGUUUGUAUGAAAUAUUAACGCAUGGUGCUUUGUAUAUGCAACUUAUAUGAUUUCCAUUUGUAACAUUGUUAGCAACAGUUCGUCUUGUGGAGGUAGAGAGUAACACUUUCAUUCUUUUCGAAAUAUUAUGCCACACUUGCAGGAAGUUGCUGAGUUUUCAAAUUACAUUUUGAAAAUUGAUUCCAAUGUAGUGUUUUGUCAUAAGUCGGUGGUCAAAUCUAAUUAGCAGAAGCUCACAAGCCUUGUGUUGGUACUUUCCAGGCUUGCUAAAUUUCUAGUUUUAAAAUAGAAAGGAUUGUUGAAAGAAAUCAUGAUUGUAAGAAUUUGGGCUUGUUCAUACCCAGGUUUGAUAUUGAUGACCGAUAACUUCAUGGGCUUGUUCAUACCCAGGUUUGAUAUUGAUGACCGAUAACUUCAUGGGCUUGUUCAUACCCAGGUUUGAUAUUGAUGACCGAUAACUUCAUGGGCUUGUUCAUACCCAGGUUUGAUAUAGAUGACCGAUAACUUCAUGGGCUUGUUCAUACCCAGGUUUGAUAUUGAUGACCGAUAACUUCAUGGGCUUGUUCAUACCCAGGUUUGAUAUUGAUUACCGAUAACUUCAUGAAAUCUGAUCACUUGAAUGAAUCAUGAUUUACUGAAUAACUUGCCUCAACAAGACUCAUUUUUGCUGACAAAAGUCUAUUUUCAUUUAAUAAUUAUUUGCUUUCUCUAAAUCUUUAGAGAGGACGAGAUAUGUUUAAAUCUUCCUGUUUAAAACCAUGUUUUGAAACCAUUUCUUUUAUAACUGUUUGUGCCAUAAGUCACUGAUCAUCAUUAGACUUCCAACAGUAAAGCUAAAUGUUCAUUACUGAAAUUUGUUAAUUUUGUUAACAUUAACUUAAUAUGUUCUAGGAAUAGAUACUUUAAUGUAAAAUUAUUCAAUUACACGUUAAGCCUUUUAUUGCAAGCCUUUAGGCCACAAUAAGUAUUCAAUUUAAAUUAAUUUAAGUGCUUAUUUAGUCAGCUAUUAACAUUUUGUAUAAUUAAAGUUAACAUGGAAUAUUUCAAACAUUUUUGAAAAUAAAAUUUUCACACUAGUGAUUCAAACUUUCUACCGAUAAACUUCCAAAUUCUUUACUUUUAAUCCUUUUUGUCUGUGUCUUAUUGCCAAACCAACAGUCAAUCUGCAUUUAUUUUGUGUACAUAAUAUCGUGGAGUUAAUGACAAUGCCUUCCAUAUUUUAAUGUCGCUUUGUUCAUUCUGGCAAUAACCCUACAAUACAAACGAAACCUGACAUAACAUUAACAUUACCUGACCAUGUGAAUGAAAUUUUUGGACUAUUUUUACAUUUUUGUCUGAGCUAAAGUUGUUAUUAUUCUUCCAUUCCGGUCUUGUUUUAGGUUGUUGUAUAAACUGUGACUGAUGGUUAUUUAGUUGUGAAGUUUUGUAAUAUGAAAGUGCUUCAUUGAAGUAACAUUUCAAGCCAUCUUAAUGUGCAUACAUACAUGCAUAAUAUACAGUGAACAAAUUCACAUUAAGACUGUCAUGUGAUAAAACUUGGCCAUCUAAAGAAAAUUAUUCACAAAAGGUAAUAAUUGGACAUCUAAUCAAGAAAAUAAUUCUCGAAAGAUAAUAGUUGGCCCUCUAGUCAGGUGAAUAACUAAUAUUAUCUUAUUUCAUCCAUAAUUAUGGAUGCAUACACAGUUUUUUGUCAUUAGUAUGUCCAUUUUAAAAGAAGGAUAAAAGUAUUUUUGAAUGAAGGGUUGAAAUUUAUCAUCAUUUUUAUAAGAGUCAUAUCAAAACCUCUGUGAAAUAAAUAAUUUGAGAGGGUUUGGCGGUUGGGCCCACAUAAUGCAUGCAUUCUUGUUAGUUCAGUUGAUAUUGUCUAGAUUGGUCAGUUGAAUAACAUGAUUUGAAAUACAUGUACAUUUUGAUAUCACUGGAGUGUUUCAAUUUUGAAGAGAAAAAUAGACAUAAGAUUUGAUCAUCGGUUAGAUGGGGCCAGAAAAAAAUGCAUUUGAAGCCACACCAGAUCUAUUAAACUUGAAUAAUGUUGAUUAUAUAACAGUAUUAAAUUUAGAUAAUUUUUUCAUUAUGAAAGAUUUAUAUUGAGGUUGAAGUAUUGUUGUGAAACCCGUUCAUAUGUACUAGGCAUUUGAGGAUUGUCAUGAGAAGACCGGCUUAAUGUCAUAUUCUUCCAUUUUUGUUGCAAAAAAGUAAACUUAGAUAUGUUAGAACCUCACUAUCAUCAAAACUUCAAAAUAAUGCAACUCACGGUGACGGGUUUCAUUGAAGAUGGAGUGAGGUAGUUUAUAACGGGUUAUCUGGAUGAUGUCAUUAAGCCGUUUCUCAUGACGCUCCUCGUAUUUCUUCCUUUGGGGCCAAUGUCAUGAUCUCUUUAUUUCUUGUUCAAUAUACAAAAUAGUAGAUAAGAAUUUGAUUGAUUUUGAUACAACGUAAUGUUUUAAAAGAAUUGUAGUUUAUGUUAUUGAUGUGUAGAUUGUCAUGUUUUUUAUAGAAAACAAUUAAAUGUAGCUUUUGAUAAAAAAAUUAAUAUAUUGCAUUUUAAGUAUUUUUACCAAAAUAUAAUUUAAUUGUUUGUAUGCUUUUAAAAAUUGUAUGAUAGUUUGUCAUACCUAAACUAUGUUAUGUAUACAACAAGUGAAGAAUUAAAGGUUGCAAGUAAUUAGUGUUGUGAACUUACAUUUUCCAUCAUUAUGUUCAAUAUAUUAUAAGUGUAAACUUUUGUAACCAACAUAAUUAUCGAUACCAUUCUUCCAAAUAUUCCCUUGUAAUUAUUAUAUCAUUGUAAUUUCAUUGUAAUAAUAUUGUAAUACUUUCCAAUAUUUUUUGUUCAUCACUUUUUGUAAUGACUUUAUUGUGGCACAAUUUAUACUCUAUACUGUAUUCCAUUUGUAUUUGUACUAACCUUAUGAAAUAUUUCUAAUAAUUUCUUUUCUGUCAUGUUACAGGGAUGAUUUUUGUAUCUUUUGAGGCCAUCUUUAUUGUUGGACUUGAUGAGAUAAUGUCAUAGCUCUAAUGUCAGUGUCGGCCGAAUCGCCAUGCAUUCAUUUGAACCUGGAGCCAUAACUCUAAAACCGUCAACAUAUUCAAAUGAAACUUAAAACAGGUACAAAGAGCACAUGUACAGCAUGGCCCAUAACCCUGACUUAAAUAAUUGUUUAGUUAUGAAUAAACACCAAAACAACAGACGAGCAUUUCCACUCCCUCUGCAGCACUCUUGUUAAAAAAACCACAACCUCUUGUUCCUUGAUUUUCUUUGUAUGAAAUUGUUGUUGUUAAUUGUUUAGUUAUAUGCUAUAUGACCUUUUUUAACACACUUGUUUCUUUUGUACUGCUUUGUUAGAAUAUUAUAGCCGCUGAUGUUACCUGGAUAGUGCAAUAUUGCAUAAACCAUUUAAAGUGGCCAGUGUUUUAUUAAGUGUCAUUAUAAAGGCAAAACUGAAGGGUGGGACUGGUCGAGUGGUAAAGAUGCCCACCCUGUGGAUUAGAUCCGUAAAGAUGCCCACCCUGUGGAUUAGAUCCGUAAAGAUGCCCACUCUGUGGAUUAGAUCCGUAAAGAUGCCCACCCUGUGGAUAAGAUCCGUAAAGAUGCCAACCCUGUGGAUAAGAUCCGUAAAGAUGCCCACCCUGUGGAUAAGAUCCGUAAAGAUGCCCACCCUGUGGAUUAGAUCCGUAAAGAUGCCCACCCUGUGAAUUGGAUCCGUAAAGAUGCCCACCCUGUGGAUUAGAUCCGUAAAGAUGCCCACCCUGUGGAUAAGAUCCGUAAAGAUGCCCACCCUGUGGAUUAGAUCCGUAAAGAUGCCAACCCUGUGGAUUAGAUCUGUAAACAUGCCCACCCUGUGGAUUAGAUCUGUAAAGAUGCCCACCCUGUGGAUUAGAUCCGUACAGAUGCAGGCCCUGUGGAUUAGAUCCAUAAAGAUGCAGGCCCUGUGGGUUUAAAAUGUUCUCUACACCACUCAAAAAUGACGCAGUACUGGUGUCUGCCCAGGAAACAGAAUCAUGACUCCUGUCAGCUUUUUUAUUUGAGACUAAAUAAAUGAGUAUAUACUGAAGACAGAAAUAUUAAAUGUUCUUUGGUUAUCAUAUAUCAGAUCGAAUGAAACUUUGUAAGACACUGGCCAACUAUGGAAACUUGAUUAAAACGCUCAAUUAGUGCUUUUUGCUUAGAUCUAGUAUUAUCAAUAAGUUAGACAUUUUGUUUAUAAAUCAGUGCUUUUAGGUACAUUUGAGCUGAGUUGUAUAACUAUUAAGAAACCGUUUAGUUGCUUAUUGUUUAGGUCAUCAACAUUUAAUUUUUCUUGCAUGCAAUACUUAUUUUUACACAUUUAUUUUGAAUUGAAAUAAUCGGCUGUUUAAUUGCUUUUAGUCUUUGAAUUUGAUGACUUUUUUAAGUGUUUCUUUGAAUAUCAACAACCAAGGUGUUGGUCACUUUGAAAGGAUUUCAAGGUGUAUGAUUUAUUUACUUAUUGUUUGCACAUGUCACUUCCUAUACAUGCUAUUCCCAUAGCACAUUCGGAGAUUUGGAGAAGAAACAAAAUCUACUCCAUGAUCGCUGUUAUACAGAUUUAUAGCUUAUUUGCUUCUGAGACACAUACUUUUACUAAAAGUACUUUUGCAGGGAUAUUGUUUGAUGUUUAAGUUUAAGUUUUUGUCCUAAGUCAUUAACAAUGUCUCAGUAAGUUUAUAUUGUUUUUACAGUACACUGUUCAUGAUUUGUUGUUACAGUUGGCUGAUCAUGAUUAGCUGUUACAGUUCACUGUUCAUGAUUUGUUGAUACGGUUCACUGAUCAUGAUUUGUUGUUACGGUUCACUGAUCAUGAUUUGUCUUACGGUUCACUGAUCAUGAUUUGUUGUUGUUUCGGUUCACUGAUCAUGAUUUGUUGUUACGGUUCACUGAUCAUGAUUUGUUGUUACAGAUGACUGAUCAUGAUUUGUUUUUGUUUCGGUUCACUGAUCAUGAUUUGUUGUUGUUUCGGUUCACUGAUCAUGAUUUGUUGUUACGGUCACCGAUCAUGAUUUGUUGUUACAGAUGACUGAUCAUGAUUUGUUGUUACGGUUUACUGAUCAUAAUUUGUUGUUUCGCAUCACUGAUCAUGAUUUAUUACUAAUAAAUUAUGGGAUAUUUAUUUUCUAAUAGUAAGAAUACCAGAAAUACUUCUAAUACAAAAGUUUUUCAUUGAUAUUGUUUGAUUUUCAUAUAUGUUUUAGUAUGAAUACUAAGCAGGCAAUAAUGUUACUUUAGCCAUAACCCAAGAUAAUCUGUUUUACAAUAAUUAUGUAUUAUAAAACUAAUAAGCAUUUAUGUAUCCAGCCUUUGAUGAUAUUUUUUAUAUAAAUUAAAUAACCAAAAUGAA